AUGCAGUUCACUCUUGCUACUGUUGCCGCCCUCUUCGGCGCCUCCGCCAUCGCCGCCCCGGCCCCUCAGGCCACCGACGCCCCCAACCCGUCGGAGAACAUUGAGAUCACCAACUUCUCCGUCCGUAAGCAGGAGAACGGUACCCUCACCAACGUCAAUUUCAGUCUCACUGGCCGUGAUGCCACCGACCUGGCCUGCGUAGGCGCCAACCCCGCACUCCCCUCCGAGGUCAUCACCUGCGGCGAGUCCAAGUACCGCUUCACCUUGAGAGAGGGUACUGAGUCGGAGUUUGCUCUUCGCAUUUACCAUGAGCUUGGCCUUGCUGUUGGCUUCUGGGGAGAGGGCGAUGUCCCCUCAUACUGCCAUGCUGGCGGUCUCGGUGAUCUGCUCUGCACCCAGGUCAACUCUCCUACGACUAUUGUCAUUGACAACACUCCCCCUCCCGUCAACCCUUAA